GCAGUGAGGAGGUGAGAGGGGAGACUCCAGGGAGAGAGGACUGCCCCCUGGACCCCAACAAUGCUGAGCUGGACCCAGGCGGUGGUGGUAGCAAGAUCAAGGACCAAAAGGGAUUGGGAAAAGAGGUUAUCUUACUGAUGCAAGCCCUGACCACACUAGCCUCGCCAGAGGAGAAAUGGCUGAUCUCUUCACUUGUUGUUUUGUAACAGGAAAAGAGGUUCUCUUACUGAUGCAAGCCCUGACCACACUAGCCUCACCAGAGGAGAAGUGGCUGAUCUCUUCACUUGUUGUUUUGUAACAGGAAAAGAGGUUCUCUUACUGAUGCAAGCCCUGACCACACUAGCCUCGCCAGAGGAGAAAUGGCUGAUCUCUUCACUUGUUGUUUUGUAACAGGAAAAGAGGUUCUCUUACUGAUGCAAGCCCUGACCACACUAGCCUCACCAGAGGAGAAGUGGCUGAUCUCUUCACUUGUUGUUUUGUAACAGGAAAAGAGGUUCUCUUACUGAUGCAAGCCCUGACCACACUAGCCUCGCCAGAGGAGAAAUGGCUGAUCUCUUCACUUGUUGUUUUGUAACAGGAAAAGAGGUUAUCUUACUGAUGCAAGCCCUGACCACACUAGCCUCGCCAGAGGAGAAAUGGCUGAUCUCUUCACUUGUUGUUUUGUAACAGGAAAAGAGGUUCUCUUACUGAUGCAAGCCCUGACCACACUAGCCUCGCCAGAGGAGAAAUGGCUGAUCUCUUCACUUGUUGUUUUGUAACAGGAAAAGAGGUUCUCUUACUGAUGCAAGCCCUGACCACACUAGCCUCACCAGAGGAGAAGUGGCUGAUCUCUUCACUUGUUGUUUUGUAACAGGAAAAGAGGUUCUCUUACUGAUGCAAGCCCUGACCACACUAGCCUCACCAGAGGAGAAGUGGCUGAUCUCUUCACUUGUUGUUUUGUAACAGGAAAAGAGGUUCUCUUACUGAUGCAAGCCCUGACCACACUAGCCUCGCCAGAGGAGAAAUGGCUGAUCUCUUCACUUGUUGUUUUGUAACAGGAAAAGAGGUUCUCUUACUGAUGCAAGCCCUGACCACACUAGCCUCACCAGAGGAGAAGUGGCUGAUCUCUUCACUUGUUGUUUUGUAACAGGAAAAGAGGUUCUCUUACUGAUGCAAGCCCUGACCACACUAGCCUCGCCAGAGGAGAAAUGGCUGAUCUCUUCACUUGUUGUUUUGUAACAGGAAAAGAGGUUCUCUUACUGAUGCAAGCCCUGACCACACUAGCCUCGCCAGAGGAGAAAUGGCUGAUCUCUUCACUUGUUGUUUUGUAACAGGAAAAGAGGUUCUCUUACUGAUGCAAGCCCUGACCACACUAGCCUCACCAGAGGAGAAGUGGCUGAUCUCUUCACUUGUUGUUUUGUAACAGGAAAAGAGGUUCUCUUACUGAUGCAAGCCCUGACCACACUAGCCUCACCAGAGGAGAAGUGGCUGAUCUCUUCACUUGUUGUUUUGUAACAGGAAAAGAGGUUCUCUUACUGAUGCAAGCCCUGACCACACUAGCCUCACCAGAGGAGAAGUGGCUGAUCUCUUCACUUGUUGUUUUGUAACAGGAAAAGAGGUUCUCUUACUGAUGCAAGCCCUGACCACACUAGCCUCGCCAGAGGAGAAAUGGCUGAUCUCUUCACUUGUUGUUUUGUAACAGGAAAAGAGGUUCUCUUACUGAUGCAAGCCCUGACCACACUAGCCUCACCAGAGGAGAAGUGGCUGAUCUCUUCACUUGUUGUUUUGUAACAGGAAAAGAGGUUCUCUUACUGAUGCAAGCCCUGACCACACUAGCCUCGCCAGAGGAGAAAUGGCUGAUCUCUUCACUUGUUGUUUUGUAACAGGAAAAGAGGUUCUCUUACUGAUGCAAGCCCUGACCACACUAGCCUCGCCAGAGGAGAAAUGGCUGAUCUCUUCACUUGUUGUUUUGUAACAGGAAAAGAGGUUCUCUUACUGAUGCAAGCCCUGACCACACUAGCCUCACCAGAGGAGAAGUGGCUGAUCUCUUCACUUGUUGUUUUGUAACAGGAAAAGAGGUUCUCUUACUGAUGCAAGCCCUGACCACACUAGCCUCACCAGAGGAGAAGUGGCUGAUCUCUUCACUUGUUGUUUUGUAACAGGAAAAGAGGUUCUCUUACUGAUGCAAGCCCUGACCACACUAGCCUCACCAGAGGAGAAGUGGCUGAUCUCUUCACUUGUUGUUUUGUAACAGGAAAAGAGGUUCUCUUACUGAUGCAAGCCCUGACCACACUAGCCUCGCCAGAGGAGAAAUGGCUGAUCUCUUCACUUGUUGUUUUGUAACAGGAAAAGAGGUUCUCUUACUGAUGCAAGCCCUGACCACACUAGCCUCCCCAGAGGAGAAGCUGGCCGCUUUGUGCAAGAAGUAUGCUGAUUCGCUGGAGGAGAGCCGCAGUAUACAGAAGCAGGUGAAGGUGCUGCAGAAGAAGCAGUCCCAGAUGGUCAAAGAGAAGGUCCACCUGCAGAGUGAACACAGCAAGGCCAUCCUGUCACGCAGCAAGCUGGAGAGCCUCUGUAGGGAACUGCAGAGACACAAUAAGACCCUGAAGGAUGACAACACGCAACGGUCCAGAGAGUAUGAGGAGCGUCGGAAGGAGGCCACCCUUCACUUCCAGAUGACGCUGAACCAGAUCGAGGUACAGAUGGAACAGCACAACUCUCACAACUCCAAGCUGCGCCAGGAGAACAUGGAGCUGGCCCAGAAACUCAACAAGCUCAUCAAACAGUACGAGCUCAGGGAGGAGCACAUUGACAAGGUGUUCAAGCACAAGGAGAAGCAGCAGCAGUUGGUGGAUGCCAAGCUCCAGAGGACAGCUGAGCUGAUGAGAGAGUUGGAGGGGAAGCAGCAGAGAGAGAGAGACUUUCUCCUGAAAGACGCCACAGAGUGGAGACAUGAAUGUGAGCUGUUGAAGGAACAGGAGACUCAGCUCAAACAGCAGCUCUCUUUGUACAUGGACAAGUUUGAGGAGUUUCAGACCACUCUGGCGAAAAGCAACGAGGUGUUCACUACCUUCAGACAGGAGAUGGAGAAGAUGACCAAGAAGAUCAAGAAGCUGGAGAAGGAGACGACUCUGUGGAGAACGAAGUGGGAGACGAACAACCAGGCUCUGCUACAGAUGGCUGAGGAGAAGACACUGCGGGACAAACAUCACAAGGGCCUGCACGGGAAGCUGGAGUGCCUGGAGAAACUGUGCCGGGCUUUGCAGAAGGAGAGGGACGACCUCACCACCAAACUGGGAGACCUAAAGUCAACAACCGAGGAGGAGGAGGGGACGGAACCUCCAGACCCCCAGCCCAGCCUGGAGUCUACCCAGGAUGAGAUGUCUCCGCCUGGGAGGGGGGAAGAGACGCAGCCCCUUACUACCCCUGAACUGGAGCUAGAGCCCUCCACAGAGCAACUUGACAACUGAGCCACUAACCCCCUCUGCCUUUUGGGGGGUGUAUUUGAAAACAGUAUAUCUUUUUUUGUGUGUUAAAGUUAUAAUUAAGAUUAAAAUGACUGCAUUAUUAGCAAUGAAUAUAAUACUUUUUGCCCUGACUGUACAUUGUAAAACUGGGCUUUGUGGUGAGCACGAGGCUCCCCCUUUUUCUACCACAUUUGUAUUUUCUUAGAUGAUUGUCUUCAUGCUGUUGGUCAGUCACAGGGCUGUUGUUCAGCAGCUUUCUCGUGGUCAGUCACAGGGCUGUUGUUCAGCAGCUUUCUCGUGGUCAGUCACAGGGCUGUUGUUCAGCAGUUUUCUCGUGGUCAGUCACAGGGCUGUUGUUCAGCAGCUUUCUCGUGGUCAGUCACAGGGCUGUUGUUCAGCAGCUUUCUCGUGGUCAGUCACAGGGCUGUUGUUGUUCAGCAGCUUUCUCGUGGUCAGUCACAGGGCUGUUGUUCAGCAGCUUUCUCGUGGUCAGUCACAGGGCUGUUGUUGUUCAGCAGCUUUCUCGUGGUCAGUCACAGGGCUGUUGUUCAGCAGCUUUCUCGUGGUCAGUCACAGGGCUGUUGUUCAGCAGCUUUCUCGUGGUCAGUCACAGGGCUGUUGUUCAGCAGCUUUCUCGUGGUCAGUCACAGGGCUGUUGUUCAGCAGCUUUCUCGUGGUCAGUCACAGGGCUGUUGUUCAGCAGCUUUCGCGUGGUCAGUCACAGGGCUGUUGUUCAGCAGCUUUCUCAUGGUCAGUCACAGGGCUGUUGUUCAGCAGCAUUCUCGUGGUCAGUCACAGGGCUGUUGUUGUUCAGCAGCUUUCUCGUGGUCAGUCACAGGGCUGUUGUUGUUCAGCAGCUUUCUCGUGGUCAGUCACAGGGCUGUUGUUCAGCAGCUUUCUCGUGGUCAGUCACAGGGCUGUUGUUGUUCAGCAGCUUUCUCGUGGUCAGUCACAGGGCUGUUGUUGUUCAGCAGCUUUCUCGUGGUCAGUCACAGGGAAGUUGUUGUUCAGCAGCUUUCUCGUGGUCAGUCACAGGGCUGUUGUUGUUCAGCAGCUUUCUCGUGGUCAGUCACAGGGCUGUUGUUGUUCAGCAGCUUUCUCGUGGUCAGUCACAGGGCUGUUGUUGUUCAGCAGCUUUCUCGUGGUCAGUCACAGGGCUGUUGUUCAGCAACUUUCCAGUUGGACUAAAAUUGUACUUUCUCCCGUCUCCCAAUUUCCUCUACAGUCUGACACGUCUCUGUCCAGCUUUCUUCCAUUGAAAAAUCUAUAUUUUGGAGCUGUGGAAUUGUAGUCAGAUUAAAUCUCUUUUAGAACUCUUAACAGUGUUCAGAUUAAAUAUCUGUUGAACUGAUAUUGUAGUGGGAUUUAAAUUCUAUCAUAUGCAUAUUGCUAUAUUGAAGUAGCCUUGUUGCAUCGUCGUGACUAACUGAAUCUAAUCUCUGUCUAGGACCAGAAAUAGCAGGGCAUUGUACAGUAGAAGAGUUGCAAACAUACAAUGUUUAUCUCCGAGCAGGUACCAUAGAUUUACUAGGAUGGGAAUUCCCAGUCAAGUCAAUGUAACAUGAUUGGUUGACUUGUAUUUCUAUGGCUGGGCCAUUUCAGUCGUUGGCUUGUCAUGAUGGAAUCUACUGGCUUUCUAAUACCUCAGCACUGGUGUUUAGUUUCAGUCAAGUCUCCUUUCUGAAGCACCUGGGACUUGAAAAGGAACAUCCCUGUCCUUUUAACAUGAGACUGAGUCUAAAGGGUUAAAUCUGUUCAGCUUUGACCAAGAUGCCAUGCAGUCAACAGACAGCACGUUCAGUCAUUGUAGGUUCCCAGUUUCUGCAGGAGGACCCCUGGUUCUGAUGCUGCUGUAUAUACAGGCUUUCCUGGUUUGUAAUUCCAGUAGCCUGGCCCCAGAUCUGUGUGUUGUCUGGUCCAACUUGACAAACAGCACAAUAGAUCUGGGACCAGGCUAUCAUUCCAAUACGCCAAGGGACAAACUGUUCUCCAGCUCUCCUUAACUGAUACCUCCACAUGAUGGAGAGGGGGGCAUUCGGGUUCAAUUUACCCAAUGGUUAAGCGCUCACUGGGUCAUUUACCCAAUGGUUAAGGGCUCACUGGGUCAUUUACCCAAUGGUUAAGGGCUCACUGGGUCAUUUACCCAAUGGUUAAGGGCUCACUGGGUCAUUUACCCAAUGGUUAAGGGCUCACUGGGUCAUUUACCCAAUGGUUAAGGGCUCACUGGGUCAUUUACAUGGAGAAGUCAGUGAGGCACUUUACUGCAGACACUGUGGGCCUUCAGGAACUGGGUCUGCUUGGUAACUUGGUUGUGUUCCAGACCAGUGAUCAUUUAUAUGGGACGUAAUGUUUCUUGGGCUCCAAAUAGGCUUCUUUCUAUUCCUUAUGUCUUGUUUUUGUUUUAAUAGACAGAACUUGGUUUUAUUUCUGGAAGCAAAAAGACAUGGAUUUAUAAGGUGCCUUUUCAUCUUAUACUUUAUACUGGAAAAACAUGUGAUUUGCAUUUUUUUUUUUAUAUACAAACACAAUGCGAACGUUCACUAAGAACUUAUUUGGCAUUGGAGAUAUUUGCCGACAAUGUGAAACAAAUGUAACCAAUCUCUUGUAAUGAGAAUGAUGGUGGUUUUGGGCCUCAGGUCAGGGUUGUGUUCAUUAGGCAUCAAACAAGAAAACAAAUUGAAACUGGGUUCAAUCACUGAAACUGUUUCCAGCUGCAAAAUAUUUAAACCGUGAUCGGAUCCGUGCCCUAAUAAACACUACCCAGGUUCCCCUACUGGCCCGAUCACCCUGUCAUCGACCUCAGAUAUCACCAGCUUACAUUGUCUUUUUGUUUUCUUGUGAAGUCAUAAGGAUGUAAUUCAGAGCACGGCCCCUGAAGUUUUAAAGGUGAAUGUUAAGAUGGGUCCAAGCCACGGUUUGGGGGGGGUACUGCAUCUUAACCCCCUCAAGUCUAAAUCAAGUUCAAUACUUUACUGUGUGAUGUGGUCCAGGCCAGUUGGAUGUAGCCUGAGUCCAUCUGCUUGGGCUAUUAUGCCAACUCAUUGUCAUGCUAAAUGUUUGGCUUGACUGACAGCAAUGAAGUAGGCAAAAAGCACAAACAGACUGGCGCUCAGGCUAUUGUGGAUGCCCGCCAGUCAAACUCAGGUUACGUAAAGACAUCUACCUCUGCAGGUGAGAACUGUGAAAGCAGAGCUAGUUUAUGUUCAGAAAGCGUUGAGCCCACAUUCCCCUUUAGAAGAUUGUGAAAUGUUCUUAUAGUCCCGUCUCUCGCUUUUCAAUAAACUAUUUUGUAGUA